CUCACUUCUGCUUCCUCCUCAGCUGACGACCUCCAUCUUGAAAGUUGUUUGCGCCGCCGUUAUAACAUACCACGAGAAGAAGUAGUAGAAGAAUAAACACCUUUUUGUAUAAAACCAUUCAUUCGGGUGUUUUUUUUUUUUAAAGCAAACAAUGCUAAAAACGGAUAGUUUCUUUAUUUUGCUCUUAUCGUUGCGUUGUUUACAUUACCGAGGUGUUUUCAGUGAUGGUACAGAAGGAGUAUCAGUGUUUGUGAUGGAGAGAGAUUCAGUCUCUUUCCAAACCCGUGUUGAGACAAAUCAACAAGGUAGAAUUAGAUGGUAUUUUAAUGACAAUCUCAUCACUGAAAUCACUGGAGAUCAGAGUAAGAUCUGUACAGAUGUUCAGUGUAAUAAAGACACUGAGAGAUUCAGAGACAGACUGAAGCUGGAUGAUCAGACCGGAUCUCUGACCAUCACGAACAUCAAGACUACAGACUCUGGACUUUAUACACUACUGAUCCGCAGUAAAACCAAUGGCGAGAAUGACCAGACCUUCAAGUUUUUUAUCCAUAAUGUCUCUGCUGCUGCUGAACGAGAUCAAAUGAAGAAAAAGGGAGAUAAUAUCACUUUAUACUCCGGGGUAAUAAACCGUAGUGAUUUACUGAGAUGGUAUUUUAAUGAAGUUCUCAUCGCUGAAAUCACUGGAGAUCAGAGUAAGAUCUGUUCAGAUGAUGAGUGUAAAGACAGAUUCGGAGACAGACUGGAGCUGGAUCAUCAGACUGGAUCUCUGACCAUCAUGAACAUCAAGACUACAGACUCUGGAGAAUAUCAUCAACGGAUCAACAGCAGCAGAGUCAUUAUCAGCAGGAACUUCACUCUCAGUGUUGAUGCUGAUCGAGAUUCAGGUCCACCUUCAUCUCCUGCUGGAGGAAAAACCGAUGCUAUUAUUAUUCUCAUUGCUGUUGGUGUUCUGCUCGUCGCUGCUGGGAUUUACUGUUAUAUUAAAAAAAAAAUAAGAGACACCAGGGAGCAGAUCAAGCUCAAUGAGAUAAUAGUUGACACUGAAGAGACCACCACACAUGUGUGAAGAACACGUUUUGAACAAGAGUUCUGACAUCGAACAAACAUCAGAUGAGACUGGUAACAAAGAACACCUUCUCACUCUUCAAAGUAAGGACAGGAUUGAACUGAAGAGUGUUGGUAAUGAGAAGAUCUAGUGAGGAAGAUCCGGUGGUGGAUAAAGGGAUAAAACACUAACUUGAAGAUUUCUGUCCAAACUAACUUGAAGAUUCCAUUUUUAAAAUGAGUAGUUUUCUUAUGUAAAGUAAUUAAUUGAGUUUUUGGGCAAAAGGGAACAAAACAUUUUGUCAGUUUCCAAUCGCUGAGUUUAUCAAACUAUGACGUAGUUCUGGGCGGAAUACCAGUUCGUACUGAAUAUUUUUAUUAUGAUACGCAGUUUCAAAUUAUAGCAGCUGUUUUGAGAGGAUCUCUUUCACUGUCGCACUGUGAUUAGUGAACGGCUUUGUGUUACUAAGCGUGAAAGUUGUGGAACUGAACGUUAACCCAGUCACAAAUAUCCAUCGGCUCCUGCGUCUCUCACACGAGCGCAACUUCACGACUAGAUUUAGUGGCUUUUUUCAUAGAAUUCAUGUUGCUGAUGAACAUGUUAUGUUUAGUUACUGUUUAAUGUGAAAUUUAUUUACAAUAUUAACUCGUCGUUACAGUAAAACAUGGCCUUCUAAGUCAAUCUACUGCAAUAUUUGCUCUUUCUAUCUGUAGAAAAUGUGCUUGACAUAGUCAAAAAAAGUCACAUACCGUAAAACUAGCGUAAUUUUGAAAAAUAUUGUGAUGUAAAGUUUUGUUUAUACCGCCCAGCACUACUAUGAUGGCGUACAAGAACAACAGAGUGAAGAAUCAUUUUUGUUUGUACAAAGAGCCAUUUAUUCAAAGGUCCUCCAUCUUUAUUUGUACCUUUUAUAUAGCUUUUGCCACAGACUUUUUGUGAAACAGAAAGGUUCUUCAGAUGUUAAAGGUUAUUUAUGGAACCACUUACACAAUGGCAUUGAAACCCCUUUAUGUGUGUACUUACACAUAAACAUCAUCUCCGCUUUCUGAGAAGAUAAUUAAGCUUUAAGUGUUUAAAUGUUUUAUUAAAACUGUGGCUGAGAUGAUUUCAGUUCUGUACUACCCUUCUCAGUCUUAUUGAAAGUGUUUACAGGAACGUUUUGCAUUCAAGCCAUCAGCCCAGUUACUUAGAUUUUUUUUUUUACCUGUACCUAUCAUGAAAUGUCAAAUGUUAUGUUUACAUUUAUUUAUAACUGGCUGUAAACAGAACUAUGUUCUCAAGAUGGGUAUUUGGGCUAGUGGAUGUCAUUUCACAGAUAGAAGAUUAUAGAUAUGGCCAAUCCAUGAUUUCUCACCAUGUCUUACUCUAACUCAACCUCUAAGAAAUGCAAUAAAUGCACAUUGGUAGAAGGAGCUAAAUACCAAAUAUGAGUUUUAUAAUGUAUUGUUUAAUAUUGGAUCAUGACUGGUACUGCCUGCCGUUUAUGAUGUGCACUGGUGCUCAACAUCUGAAUACACAGUUCACAAAUGGGUUUAUCCAAUUUAUUAAAAGUACUUAAUAGUAAUUAAGUAGUUAAUUCAUAUCAAACAUGCUGUAAAGUAUUACAUCCUGUCAUUUGAGAUGCCUAAUAGGUUCAUGUGAGGAGGGAGAUGAAGACAUGUUAUGAUCACAUGAUCUAUUUCUUUUCUUGUAAAUUUCUAUUUUUAAAAUGUUGAGCAGUGGUUUUUUUUUGUCAUUUUCUAUUAUUUGUUUUUAUUAUUUGUUUUUUGUCAUCUGUUCAAAAAGAAAACCCUCAACUGUCUUCUGGAUACUCUUUCUGAGGAUUGUUGUGGGAUUAAUAAAUACUGUCAUAGUGCCUGUUUUUGAAAAUUUUGUAGAACAAAUUGCUCUGUCAGAGCUAAAGUACUGUAACAAACAUCUCAAAAGCCUGUAAUGCAUGCUCUGUGAGAGAUGAUCAUUUAGUGCCUUUUGAUCACAAUAUUGAGCACAAUUUCUUUUUCUUAAACAUUGUUUUAGCCAAGGAAAUGGUGCCUUACACUUUGAGCCUCUGCAUUUUCUUACAGAUGGAUAGCAAUAAAAACAGACCUGACAUAAGCGCUGAAAUGUUUGUCAUGAUUUUAGAGAUUAUAAUAUGAAAUAACUGAUUUCACCUUA